AAAUUCCCCAAUAUAUAAGCCCCAAUCCAUCAAAUCCAAACACAGAACAACAGCAAUCAAUCGAGAAUUCAAUCAAUCAACGAAACAAACAAAACCCUAAAUUUCUCGAUUUCGAAAAACCAGCCGAGAUGAUGAUCAAAAUCGACGUGGCAAGGAAAUGGAGGGAAAUUGCAGCUCUAGGAAGAAAACGCAUCUCUUACCCGGAGAAGAUGGAUCGAUCCUCGGAGGUGGCGGAGAAGGGGCAUUUCGUCGUGUAUGCGAGCGACGGAGUGAGAUUCUCGUUCCCAAUCGGUUAUCUCAGCUGCCUUAUCUUCAGGGAGCUGCUGAGGAUGUCUGAGGAGGAAUUUGGGCAUCCCAGGAACGGACCGAUCACAUUUCCCUGCGAUUCGCAGGUGUUGAGGUAUGUGGCGUCUUUGAUGGAGAAGAAUGCAGCUGAAGAAGUGGAGAAAGCUUUCUUGCUGUCAAUGACGGAUUGUAGAUGCUCAUCACCUUACUAUUUAAAGCAACAACAACAAUGUCAGCACAUUUUGUUAGCUGGUUGCUGAGAUUGUUUAAAUUUUUCAGUGAUUUUCGAAUUCUUAGUGUAGAUUUUGUGUUUGAGGAAAUGCUAACAUGGAGAAGGAGAUCGCAUUUUCAUGAUAAAAAGUAAAUUAAUAAUCCUUUUA